AUGCCAAGGCCGGGCUGGAGCCCAGACAGGGACUUGGACCUGCACUCACCCCCGCCUGCUCCUCGCCAAGAGCCUGCCACUUUCAUCGACCGCAAAGAAAGCAUGGGUGCCCGGCAGCGAGUGGAACGGAGAAAGAGACCCCGCGUCUCAAGCUCGAGCUGGAAGCCACUCUCCACCGUGCCCGCCCAACCGUGGAGCUCCCACCAUCCCUACUGCCGGGACAGGGUUGGUGAAUACCUGAGCUUUAUCUCAGGACCCACCCCAGCCUCCCGCGGUGCAGAUCCUCACCCACCUCGAGACCGCCGGCCUUACGAAGCCGCGUCUCCACACGCGAAGCUCCGCCUGCUGAACGCUUGCAGCGCACGGACCUGCCUCUCCAGCCCCCAGCCGGCAGCUCUGCUCUGUACUUCUACCCACCGCGCGCUCCCGCCUCCUUGCUGCCAUGGCGACCGCCCCGGGCCCCAGCAGCCGCUAAUUGGUCCUACCCGAAGAGUGGAAGGUGCCGAUUGGCAAGGGCGGAGACCAGGCCGCGCCGGAGGGCUUGGAGGCGGGCGGUGUGGAGAGCUAACGCGUAGGAGUCCCGGGGAGGGUGAGCCAGGAGGGACGUGGCGCUCUGCGGCGCGGGCUGAGAAGCCGCGCCCCUUACUUCUUUGGCUUUCAUGGAGAGUCCUGUGGAGCAGGAUUUGGGUGGGUGAGGUGCUUACCCGGGACGCGGACAAAAACCCAGGAUCCCACAGGACAUCACUUGGCCAAGUUCUUCACUGUGUUCAGAAUGGGGGAGAGGGAGGCAGGAGUACUUACAAGAAACAUAUGCGGGCCUCUCACUGUUGUGGCCUCUCCCAUUGCGGAGCACAGGCUCCGGACGCGCAGGCUCAGCGACCAUGGCUCACGGGCCCAGCCGCUUCGCGGCAUGUGGGAUCUUCCCAGACCGGGGCAUGAACCCGUGUCUCCUGCAUCGGCAGGCGGACUCUCAACCACUGCGCCACCAGGGAAGCCCAAGUUAGUAAUUCUGAAACUACCUUUUGUGCAUUCUAAGACAGAGAAACUUAGUAAACAUAUGUGAAUAAUUUCUAGAUUUCUCACUGUCAGAAAUGAGUUCAAAUAUGGAAAGGAAGAAGGCUAGAAUGAACCCUAUGGUAAUAGAGUGAAAUUGAGGGAAUCAGAAUAAACUCAGGGUUCUAUACAAAUAGAUGAAUGGAUGGCUGAUUGGUAGUUAGUUCAUUUCCUGGGUCCUCUGAAAAGCAGACAUCAAGACGGGAUUAAAUGUGCAAGGAAUUUAUUAAGGGAAAUGUCUUUGAGAGAGAAAAUGGGUAGGGAGCCAGAGAAGGCUGGGAGAUCUGUCAGACUGCAGUACAGCUCUGACCCUGAGUGAAGGAGAGAAGGAAGGAAGGAAGGGAGGAAAGAAGGGAAGAAGGGAGGAAAGAAGGAAAGAAGGAAAGGAGAGA